CCUCCUCCCCGACGCUGCAACCGUCCGCAUGUAUCAUCUACUCUCCGGCCUCUACUCGGAGUGGGCGCGUCCCACCACCUCCAACGUCCUCCUCGUCGGCCCAUCAGGCUCAGGCAAGACUGCGCUGCUGGCGCGGCUGCGGCAUCGUGUCGCUCCGCCUGACGCUGCCAAGCAGCUGCCCCGCAUCGGCGGAGACGGCGGGCCCAAAGUGAAGGGCAUUCCGCCGACUGUGGGCCAGAAUGUGCUCGACUUCCGGCCGCCAGCCGCACCCUCAGGCGUGCAAGUGCGGGUGUGGGAUCUGGGCGGGGCGGCAUCGCUGCGCCCGAUCUGGCUGCGCUAUCUCAGCGAGGCGCAUGUGUUGAUCUGGGCGCUCGAUGUGCGGCUAUGGGACGGAGCUGGAUCGAGGAAAGAGGGGAAUGGCAAGGAGAAGGCGCGAGAGGGCGAGGACAGCCGGGAAGAAGGCUGGAGCGCUCUGGCCGCCAUCCUCCCACAACUAGCCUUGGACGUGCCUCUCGUAGUGUGCGCCUCAGAUCUAGGGCACUUCUCCGUGCUGCGCAGGGAGGCACUUGAAGCGCUCGAAGAUGCAGGCGAGGAGUCAAACACGGAGGAGGCGCGUGUGGCUGCGAUCCAUGCUCUGGAGGAGAGGGCAUCCGAGGCGAUGCGGGAGUUGAGGGAGGACUAUACGAAGCGGUUAGAGGGGCUGGGACGAGAAGCCAGGUUCGUUCAGGGUUGGUCUGAGGGGAGUACAGACGAGCUGUUGCAGAUGCUCACGGAGCAUGCGGUGCGACGGAAGCAGCAAUAAAACGUCACCCUUCAUCGGCAUUCAAGGUCU